CGAGAGGAAGAUGAGGAAGAAGAAAAUGCUGAAUCCGAAGCAGAAGGAGCUGCACAACAAGAUGAUGAAGUCGAAGCAGAAACAGCUGCACAAGGAGCAGCUCGAGGUCGGAAAAAUCGGAGAAAUCCGCGAACCACGAAGAGAGCGCGACGUAAUCCACCGCCAUUGCGAGAGGAGGAUGAGGAAGAAGAUGCUGAAGUUGCUG